AUGGUGUCGACCACCCGCAUCGCCGCUCUCGCCAAGGAGAUUGAGGCACAGACAACCAAGCUCGACAAGUUCUUCGCUGAGAGCCAGAUGCCCCCGCCUUCAUUCGACGAGGAUGCCCCAUCGAUGUAUCCGUUUCCCCCGGACGUUGCAGAAGCCCAAGAGGCCUUGUUGGAAGCCGUGGACGAGCUAUGGUGGCUCCACCAGGGGCCGAUUCAAACCAUCGUCGCUAAGUCGGUAUCCACAUCCGUCGGCCUAAAGACCAUUCUCAAAUACAACAUCCAAAACCUUGUCCCGUUCGAGACCGGGACCACCUUCAACGAGCUUGCCGAAAAGACCGGCAUCCCUGAGAAGAAGCUUACACGUCUGUUGAGACAUGGCAUAACCGAGCACUUCUUCCGCGAGACGCAGCCGGGUCACAUAAAGCAUACAGCUGCAACCAAGGCGCUUGCUGUCAUGCCCGCUCUCGCAACGUGGUCUGAGAUGGGGAUGUAUGAUGUUGGACCAGCCAAAACUCGUAUAGUUGAUGCGAUUGCGAAAUGGCCCGACUCCGAUGAGCCAAAUCACUCAGGUUUCCAAAUCGCCAACGACACAGACAAGGCUAUGUUCGAUUUCUUCGAGGAUCACCCUGCGCGCAUGAACCGCUUUAAAGAUGCCAUGAGCUUCCUUCAAAAAUUUCCAGGCCUAGAGCCCUCCUACACCGUCAAGGCCUACGACUGGGCCUCUUUAGGAAAAGCCACCGUGGUGGACAUUGGUGGGUCGCACGGCCUCGUGUCCAUCGCGCUUGCGAAAGAAUUCCCAGAUCUCCAAUUCGUAGUGCAGGACCUUCUCAAGGUUAUUGAAGAUGCAAAGACUAAAGCGCCAGCUGAACUUUCAGACCGUUUGAUAUUCCAGGCCCACAACUUCUUCGAAGAGCAGCCUGUGAAGAAUGCUGACAUUUACUUCUUCCGCUGGAUUCUCCACGACUGGUCCGACAAAUACUGUAUCAAGAUCAUCCGGGCGCUGAUUCCCGCCCUCAAGCCAGGCGCUCGCCUUUUGUUCAGCGAGCGAUGCCUCGAGCCGCCUUGCACACUGCCCCUUCGCGCGGAGAAGUGGAACAGGGACUCGGACAUUACUAUGCUGGCCACGUCCAACUCCCAGGAGCGCGAUGAGGACGACUGGAAGGCCUUGUUCAAGGCCGCAGACUCAAACAUCACUCUUGAGGAAGUCAGGAGGACACCAGGUGCGAAGCUAGACUUGAUUGUCGCCAGGUGGAAGUGA